AACUGCAGCCACCUCGGUAGCUCGCUAGACAACAAAGUCGGAACAUUCAAGAUCUUUAGACAAUUUCGUGGUUUAAUUGCCACUAUGAUUUAAACAUACUUAUGUGGAAACAACUAGAUGCCCAUUUAAUUUAAUAUUUACGUUGUAAGUCAACUAGCUAGCUGGUUGAAGUUAGCACUAGUCUGGUAGCUAAUGCUAACUAGCUAUUAUCCACGAACAUGAGUUCACUAAGCAACUCUCCUCCAUUUCUCUGCUGGACGGAGAAAGAAGCUCUGGUGAAAGAGGAGGAGGAGGAGGCUGUUAAAAUACAAAAACAAGUAGAGGGUGAGGCUGUUACCGUGAAAGAGGAGGAGGAUGCAGUUUUUGGAAUAGAGGAUGAAGACGUUUUUGGAAUGAAGGAUGAAGAGGGGGAGAUUACUGUCACAUUAGAGGAGGACGAAGAAGAGAAGACUGGAGAUCUGAUUAACACCAGUAAAUACAUAGAGAGACGUGACUAUCGUGGAUCCUCUGGGGAGCCUCAGCAACAUCAUGAUGCUGACGAGGCAGAGAAAAGUCUCUCCAGAUCAGAACUCCUCAAGAAACACCAGGAACGAAAUCCCACAGGAACAAAAUCUCACUGCUGCUCUGACUGUGGGAAAAGAUUAAACUCUUCAUCAAACCUUAAAAUACACCAAAGAAUUCACACAGGAGAGAAACCUUAUAGCUGUGAUCAAUGUGGGAAGAGUUUUACUACAUCUAGCAAUCUAACUAUACACCAGAGAAUACACACAGGAGAGAAACCUUAUGGCUGUGAUCAAUGUGGGAAGAGUUUUACUACAUCUAGCUAUCUAACUAUACACCAGAGUACACACACAGGAGAGAAACCUUACGCCUGUGAUCAAUGUGGGAAGAGAUUUAUUCUGCUAGAAACCCUGAAAUCACACCAGAGAAUACAUUCUGGAGAGAAACCUUUUGGCUGUUAUCAAUGUGGGACGAGUUUUUCUCACUUAAGCAGCCUGAUAGGACACCAGCGGGGACACACAGGAGAAAAACCUUAUAGCUGUGAUCAAUGUGGGAAGAGUUUUACUACAUCUAGCAAUCUAACUAUACACCAGAGAACACACACAGGAGAGAAACCUUAUGGCUGUGAUCAAUGUGGGAAAAGUUUUACUACAUCAAGCAAUCUAACUAUACACCAGAGAACACACACAGGAGAGAAACCUUAUGGCUGUGAUCAAUGUGGGAAGAGUUUUACUACAUCUAGCAAACUAACUAUACACCAGAGAACACACACAGGAGAGAAAUCUUUUAGCUGUGAUCAAUGUGGGAAGAGUUUUGGUCAAUCUGGCCAACUGACUGUACACCAGAGAACACACACAGGACAGAAACCUUAUAGCUGUGAUCAAUGUGGGAAGAGUUUUGGUCAAUCUGGCCAACUGACUGUACACCAGAGAACACACACAGGACAGAAAUCUUAUAGCUGUGAUCAAUGUGGAAAGAGAUACUCUAGUAAAAGAUCUCUGAUCAAACAUCAGAAAAUGCAUGAAGGAGUUGUUUCAUGAUAUCAAUGAAAUAAUGUCACAAUGUAGAUUAUUUUAACAUUAUAUCAGUAGUAUUUUAAUGAUUGGCAACGUAGAACCCUAAAUGUUUUCCCCCUGUUCAAUUGAUUUUAGCCUCAUGUAAACAAUCCAGGCUCUGAAUUGAAAGAGUUACUAUUUAUGAGAUUGAACAAAAAGUGACUAACAAAAAAUAGUUUGUUACAUUUACCACGUUGGUGACCCACUGGAAUCUAAAUGCAACUCUUCAAAAUGUAGCUAGCAGUUUACCACGUUGGUGACCCACUGGAAUCACAAUGUAGCCUGCAGUUUCCCACAUUGGUGACCCACUGGAAUCACAAUGGAACACUCCAAAAUGUUUAGGUUUUCAAUAUAUCACAAACUGUUUCUGCAUAUUGGUUAUUGAUUUGGACAUGUUAAAACUGUGUUUUGACAUUGCGCUAUUCCAAUUUAGCAAAAUGUAAUUGAAAAGACGUUGAAAAUAAGACUAUGCCCGACGUCCAAUAUAUGUUCGGUUGUAGUUGAAAGUGAAAGUUGAAAAUAACUUAAUUUCAACAUACUUGCAGACUAUACACAUGGACGCAGUGUAAUAAAUUGGUAUAUAAUCAAUUUUAUGAACAAUCCUACAUCACCCCAGUAUUUCUUUACAACAUUCAAAUGCUAAUUGUCUUUAUUCCACUACUGAAGAAGCAUGUCUCAAAUCACCUAAUUUCAAACAUUCAGCCUGACAAAAGAUACAUGUUUAAUUAUUCCAUGUCUCACCAUUAAGUUCAUUAUUGCCAAUACAUAUUAACAAAGGGGUUUACAUUUGGUUUUGAUUUUCAUAUUUACAAUUCAUGUAACAUUUAGUAAUCAUAAUUAUUUAUGCAAACAGCUGACAAUUUUUGGGUACAAUUAUAUUGACAUUGUGAAAUAUUUACAUUAUAUUGACUUUGUGCUUUUAAAAUAUCAGGGUUCCUUCUCAGAUGUGCCAACCCAAAUGUACUAGAGCAUGACAUUGGGGACUGGGGCCCGAUCCAACAACAUGCCUAUCUCGUGAAUCCUGAAAAGGGAGAGAAGCUCUGCAGUGAGGUGGAAAGUUACUACGGAUAUUGCAGGAGUUUCCUCUUGAAAUCAUACAUGUUCGUGGUAAGGACAACUUGGUUGCUGAUUGUCUCAAGGGCGGGCAGUCAAAAAGAUUUGUGUUGGGACUCCCGGGUGGCGUAGUGGUUAAGCGACCGGUAAGUCCGUGGGGCGACGCACAAUUGGCCCAGCGUCGUCCGGGUUAGGGAGGGCUUGGCCGGUAGGGAUAUCCUUGACUCAUCGCGCACCAGCGACUCCAGAUGCGGGCCGGGCGCAGUGCGCGCUAAUCAAGGUUGCCAGGUGCACGGUGUUUCCUCCGACACAUUGGUGCAGCUGGCUUCAGGGUUGGAUGCGCGCUGUGUUAAGAAGCAGUUCGGCUUGGUUGGGUUGUGUAUCGGAGGACGCAUGACUUUCAAUCUUCGUCGCUCCCGAGCCCUUACGGGAGUUGUAGCGAUGAGUCAAGAUAGCUACUAAACAAUUGGAUACCACGAAAAAGGGGUAAAAUAAAAUUUCAAAAUUGUGUUUUGCGUUUAGGCAGUGAGUUGCAAUGGAUCACAGUUUAUUUUGACUGCACGUUUUUCCUGUAUUGGAGAUUAGUUUUGUUUGGGCUCGUUCCAAGGGGAGGAGAGUUCUUUCUAGAAGCUAGUGAGUUUUAGUAUUCUAUAGAAAGAAAAAGGAGAAAAAAAUGUAUACGAUUGUAUAUUAUUAUUAUUUAGAAGAAGAAAAAAUUAUUCUUGUUUUUAAUUGUUGACAGCCAGUAGACACCAUGUUUAUAUUGGGGAAGGUGAGGCAUUGUAGUUGAUUAUAAUGUGAAAUGUAUGUUUUCUGUUGGUGGUGAGCAAACUUGUCCAACAAAAAUAUAGGAUAUAUUUGUUGUCUUAAAGGGGAAGAUUUUACAGGCUUUGGUUUUUCCAUUUUUGUUUUGAGGUUGGACUUUACCACGUAUAUGGCUCGUUAGCACGUAUGUGGCUCGUUAGCACGUAUGUGGCUCGUUAGCACGUAUGUGGCUCGUUAGCACGUAUGUGGCUCGUUAGCACAUAUGUGGCUCGUUAGCACGUAGGAUGCACUGAUGUCACCUCGUUAGUCAGUAUGUGUUACACCUGUGCUGGCUUGUCCGUCUCGUUAGUGGGAAGGUGUUUCACCUGAGCUGGUCCAGGUUCUAUUUAAGAGUGUCUGGCCCAGUGCUCCAGUUGUCUUGAUAGAUGUGGAGAGUCAACACCUUUAGUUGCUCCACCUUUUUGGCUUGCUUCCUGUUUUGAACUUUUUCUUGUUUUUUGGAAGAGGUUGGAGAGCCAGGUGUGCUAUUCUCCUUGCGGAGAUGGCGCAGGAAAAAGCGUCACGGUCGGUUUCCAGCAGUUGGGCUGGCCAAUACGGUGCGUUUUUCUUGGAGGGAAAGAGAGAUGGAGCCUUGGGGGAGAGAAACCUUUGCGAGGACCAUUCUGAUGGGGCAUCUGAAGUUGAAGGUGAAAGAUGUCCUCUGCCUUCAGGGGAAUCCGGUGGAGAAAGGGUUUGAUGUGACUGUACAUUUGGAAGAACAGCACGAUGAGAUUAUGAAGAUGGUGAGGGAAGGGAAAGAAGAAGGACCCCUGUGCCAUUACACGGUGACCAGCCUGGCAAGGAACAACUUCAGGGUGGUCACCGUAACCAUGUACAAUCCGCAUGUGAAGGAUGAAGAGGUGAGGGCCUUUCUGGGGAGAUAUAUGGACAAUGUCUCCUCAGCGAGGUACCUCAGGGACUCCCUGGGUUUCUGGAACGGAAAGAGAGGUUUCCAGGCGUUACUCAGGGAGUCCCCGAAGAGUGUGGAUGGCUACCUCCAUCCUCCGGCGAUGUUCUCCCUGGGGGCUGACAGGGGAACACUCUACUAUGCACGUCAGCCCCCGUUCUGCAGGCGUUGUAUGGCCUACGGCCAUACCCUGGCCUCGUGCAGUAACAAGAAAUGUCGGUUUUGUGGGUCGGAAGAGCACGAGGCCAGGGAGUGUGACGAGCCCAAGGCUUGCCACGGGUGUGGCUCAAGAGAACACCUGUGGCGUGAUUGCCCGGCUCGUCACAGGUCAUACGCGU